AUGAAAGGUGAAAACAAAGCGCAAGAAUUAACGAUAAUACCGAUGUUUAAGCAAAUGACAGAUUAUGAGGGUUUCAAACAACUGGAAGUCAUCCGUAUAUCAGAGUUAACCAGAGCUACCGACAAUAACACUACAUUAGUGAUUAGUGCUGAUAUAUUUAGUUUGGAUACGACACAUUCUAACUUGUAUAAUGAAUUUACACGUAAAAUAUUGUGUGAAUGGGAUUACAACGACUACAUCAUGAUGGACCUGUUGACCGCGAUCACCCUAUUUAAUCCGAAUCGACAUAAUAUAGUCCACAGACAUAAUGUUAGAUAUUUACUGUUCAAAUAUGGAUCAGAAUCGGAGUCAAAGCUACAAAAACUUAUGUUUUCAUUACAAGUGCUGCAAAUGUUAAGUAACUUUGAGUUGUCUGUGGUUAUGAAGAAUUACAAACCGUUUGCCCAUUAUAUGGGACCUCUUAUGAGGGAGAUUUAUCCAAUUGAUAAUAAUUAA